GGGCGCAUGCCGCACGCCGCGCGGGUAACGCGCGUUUGUAAACAGUCCACGGCUGUCAACCCAGCAGACCGCGCGCGUUCACCGCUCAUGUUCCCACUGUGUGUUCAGAGAACACUCACAAUGCACAGGAACUCCGCGCUCUGGUCAUCGAAACCCUGAACAUUGUGCUUGUUUCGUGAUACAUUAUGCUGUGUCUAGUGUUAUUCGUGUUUAGUUCAGUGCCCACUCUGUGAGAUUACUGGCACGAAGUAUCAUCAAAUCUAGCGAUAUAAGGUUUUCCACGAUAACGCCAGAUAAGGAAUAUGUGAAACAAAUGAAACAGUGUUAUUGAAAGCGCGACCACGUGCGGUUGCAUCGGUGAUUGCAAAAAAGAUAUAUCGAAUCGAAAAGUGAAUAACCAACUUGCUCUGAUUGUCUAUCGGAGAAGUGUGUGUUAAUGAGAUUCUAGUGCAAAUCACGACGUUAUUGCCAGUGAAGUAAAGUUUAAAACGUGCAGUGCGUGAGGACAUGUGUGAGGAUGAGUACAGAGCGACGCCUUUCUCGGAGUUUUCACUCCUGCCUGAAGGGUUCGUCCACGGAGGAGGCGGCAGACGAGGAGGAGACCUGCUAUCACUCGCUCGGGGGCCGCCAUUCCCUGAACCGGCAGCCUCAGGUGUACGUGGAGGACUUGUCUAAUGUGUCCCUUGCAGACUUUGAAACGACACAGGACGAGAACAAUGAUACGUCAUACGAAAAGGCAUGUCGGCGGGGCUCCGCGCCCAGUACGCCGGUGCCGGGUGCGCAGGCGCAGCAUAGUCCAUCAAGACUGGCUUCCUUCUUCUUCUCCAAGCGCUCCUUUAGGAGCAACCCUCUCAAAAGGACAAAAUCCGCCACGAAGCUGGAAAGAGAGCGAGCGUUGGCUGCUGUGCCUACACAUCCGCAGCCACACGCCCUUAGGACAUCAAGAUCUCAUGAAAGUUUGCUAUCAGCACAUUCGCCUGCCGUAUCAACAAUGGAUUUAGGACCACCAAAUCAAGUGGAGAUUCGGGCUCUUCACUCGUCAGUGCUGGGCAGGCCGCACUGCUUCGCGCUGAGUGCGGAGAAUCGGGCGCCGCGAUACUUCGCCUGCGCUUCGAGGAAGGAGCGAGACCGUUGGAUAUAUAGCUUGCGGCAAGCAGCGCGGCCAGACGAAAUACGUACGCGCCGGUGUGAGCGAUCCGUGAAACUUUGGCUGCUGGAAGCAAAAUCUAUACCACCUAAGAAGAGAUACUACUGUGAAAUACUACUCGAUGACACACUCUAUGCGAGAUCAUCGUCCAAGUUGAAGACGGAACUAUGUUUCUGGGGCGAGGUGUACGAAUUCAGCGGUCUGCCGGCGACGCGCGCUAUAAACGUCAACGUGUACAGGGAGCCGGAGCGGCGCGCACGCAAGCGCGACAAGCACGCCCUCGUCGGCACAGUGCGAAUUCCGGUCGACGACGUAUCGUCACGAUACCUCAACGAGCGGUGGUACCCGCUGUCCGAGGGCGACAAGCCGCAGUCCCCGGGCGGUCGCGCGCCCCCUCCGCCCGCGCCUGCACUUCGGAUCAAGUGCCGCUACCAGAGCGUGGAUGUACUACCACUAGACAACUACGCGCGCUUCCUCGACUACCUCAAGAGGAACUACAGGCGGCUGUGCGAGUACCUCGAGCCCGUCAUAGGAGUAAAAGCGAAGGAAGACAUUGGUUGUGCGCUAGUACUGUGCAUGGCAGGGGCAGGCCUGGCGCCGCGCUACCUCGCCGACGUGGUGGCGCUGGACGUGCGCCGUACCGGCGACCACUCGCUCACCUUCCGCGGCAACUCGCUCGCCACCAAGAGCAUGGAGGCGUACCUUAAGCUCGUCGGGGACCAGUAUCUACAGGACACGCUCGGAUCUGCAGUGGCGGCGGCAGCGGGCGCGGGCGCGACGGACUGCGAGGUGGACCCGCAGCGCGCGGGCGGGGGCGCGGCGCUGCGUCGCCAGCAGGCCGCGUUACGUGACGCCGUGGCGCUCGCCUGGCGCGCCAUCGCUGCCUCCGCGCCCGCCUUCCCGCCCCCGCUGAGGGACUGCUUCGCCACCUUCCGCGAGAGGUUGACUUCAAUGGGUAGAGAGGAUAUCUCCGACAACUUAAUCAGUGCAUCAAUAUUCCUCCGAUUCUUGUGUCCUGCUAUCCUGUCACCGAGUCUUUUUGGAAUAACUCAUGAAUACCCGAAUGAACGCGCUGCCCGUAACCUCACGCUGGUUGCAAAAACGCUGCAGACUCUAGCUAAUUUCACUCGCUUCCAAGGCAAAGAGGCAUUCAUGGAGUUCUUAAACGACUUCCUCGAACAAGAGGCGCCCAAUAUGAAAGCAUUUCUAAGAGCAAUAUCGACGCGACCACAAGAUCAGCCACAAGCCCAGCAUCAAUACCAACAACAACAGCAACAUCAACAAGAGGGCAGUAACCGUAACUCGGCCGCGUCUCAGGGUUCCGUCGCCGGUUCAGAGAGUUCUAGAAGCGAGGCAGCCGUAGAAGCUGACCCUGAAUGGGCACCACACGUGGACCUCGGAAAACAGUUAGCUACGUUACACGCUCUGCUGGUAGAUAGUUUACCAAAGUUGCCUGCUGGUAGGAUACAGGAGUUGGAUCCCUUAUCUGAUAUCUUGGAAGAAUUAAAUAAAAGAUUGGUCAGCAACGAUUAUGGACCAAUGCCGCAGCAGUCUGACAAUAUCUUUAGGUUCAACGAUCCAACAUGUAAUACGCCUUCGAAGCCAAAUCCUGAAGCUCCUGCGAAUGGGAUGAGCAGUAACUUUGCCCACAGUUCACCUAUAAUGAACAAAAAUGGCGUACAGUUUAAUAUCAGCCCGUCAAAGUCUAACGCUGAGGAAUCUAAAUACAAAGCGUCUUACGUUGGUGUGGCGAAAUCGCCAAGCUUUAAUUUAAGGUCAGCGACGCUCCCACGAAAUGGUUAUGGGUUGAACCCAACGAACCAAAAUGUGAACCCCGACAGGUAUAGUUCACAAUAUAACAAUCAAGAACACUGCGUCAAUCUUAAAGUAGUACAAAUAGGAUUUAGUUCCGAUCAGUACCAAAAAGGAAUCGGCAACGGCGUCAAUGAAAGCUUAGAACGACGAUUUCUAGAUAGGUACAAAACCAACAGUUAUAAUCAACAAAAUCAUUAUCAUAAUAACUCCAAUUACAACACCGAAAGGUCACCCAGUAGCGACAGCGUUAACCAUAAUUAUUGCUCAAAUGACAUGCAAAACAUUAUGAAGGAAACUGCAACAUUAGAGGAGUUGUCGGAUUUAUUGAAAUAUGCUGACGAUUCGGACAUAGUCGAGGACAAACUUAUAAUGAACAAAAAGAACUUGGCCCAAUCUAAAUCUACUAAUAACAACAUUAUCAAUGGAAAUAAAAUCAAUUACACAAACAACGGUUCAAAUGUCUCAAUCAGUGGUUUAUCAAACGUCGCGAGUUCUGGGUACCAAAGUAUUGCUACUUACAGCCAAAGUUCUAGUCCCGUUGAAAACACAACUCAUCAUCAUCAGCCAUACGAAAACGGUGGUCAGCCAAUGAGCCGUUACUCUCAGCUAAACUACCAAAAACAGAGAGAUAAACAGUAUUAUGAUAAUAAAAAUGAAAAGUUCUAUCCAAAGAGCCCAGUGCAACAGAAAAUUGAUUACGAUAUUCAGAAAUAUGGAAUCCAAAACUUCACAACGGCGGAAAACACACAGACGACCGCAAAUAUGAAUUCAAAAGUAGUUCCAUUAGUAUUCACAAAUCCAGUGUACAAUAUGGAAGACAAUCGGCCGUCUCAAGAUAAGAAAAAGAAUAAUAAUGACAAUAGAAAUUCGAAGCGCUGUCCAUGUGGCUCAUCCAGUUCAUCCAUAGAUGAGGAGGGCUUGAGCACAGACAACGUUGAGACGAAUUCUGAAGAAGGUUCCACUAACUUCAACGACGACACAAGAAAUUAUGAUCAUCAACACCGUAAUAAUACCCACCGAAAACUUACCAGAGAUAAUUGUAAUUAUGAAGAUGUAUAUCAAACGAGUAACCAUAGUCAUUCCCCAAGAAUACGGGAUGAUGAAUCUUCUAGUAAUUCGCCAAGUCUGAGGAAAAGUAGCAAGACGCGAAUGCCUAGAACAAAUCCUAUGCUCUCUUAUUCUACAAACCAAAAUCAGCUCAAUCUGAAGCAUUUCGGCCAAAGAGGAGAAUCGCUUUACGAAAGCAAACCUCAUCAUAUUUCCACUGAUUCUGGUUAUGCCAUGGGAAGGUCCGAUUCUAACGUUGAGAAAGUAAAUCAAGAAAUGUAUAGACUCCAGAUCUCCCGAAGUCAAAAGGCUUUAUUUCAUAUGGAAAACGCCAAGAGUUCUCCGGAGAAGUAUAGCAUGACGGAAAAUUCGAUUCCAGAGACGAAUUAUCCGCUAGAUAGAACAUAUUCUGGGGCGAAGGUGUCUAGUAGUAGAUUAAAUGAAGAUUUAGAGAGGCACCAGGAUUAUUAUGAUGUUCGAGAAAGGCGAGAGUCUCCUCAAGCCACAUUUAAUAGGGAAUCCCAGUCUAGUGAAGCGAGCGAAAGGCCCGCGGUUCGAACGGAACGUGAGAGCACCGUAAGAGAUAAGCUUCAAAGGCGAUUAAGCUUAGAGUCUGCAAGGGAACUCACGGAUAGUUCUGAUGAGGUGGAAGAUACAUUGUACAGUACAACAGGUAGAAGGCGAGCUUCCAAGCAUCACAGAACUAUCGAGCAGUACGAACGAGAAAUAGAGAGGCUAAAGUGUUCAGUAGAAUUAUUACGUGGCCGGCUACCAUCUGAACCUGGUCAGGAUCACACCGACGCGAAAAUGUCGGCUAUCAUUUCAAGAUUGAUCUGCGUGGAGGAUGAGUUACGUCGCGAGCAGCGUAAGAUGGCCGCCGCAUUAUCGCAUAAACAGCGCGUGAUCGAAGCGCAGGAGCAUCGCAUCGCAGCCCUGGACGAGGCCAAUACUCGCCUUCUGUCCGCACUCGUUCACUUACAGCAAAGGGCUCCAGCACCUGCCACCACUCCCACAGCUCAUUCGCAACAUUCGCACCAAGAACUGCAAAUAUAACAUUGUAAGAAAGAUCUCGAAUGAGAUUAAUAUAAUCCGUGCACAAACAGAAGUCCCGAGAGAGUUUUGAUAGUUUUCGAAAACAGCCAUCUCCUAGAUUCGUCUCCAUAAUAAAGAUUACACUCGCCUUUUGUCCGCGCUUGUUCAGUUACAGCAAAGGGCUCCGGCGUCCAUCACUACUCCUGCGACUCACUCGCACAUUCGAAACAAGAGCUGCAGAUACAGCAUUGUAAGAGAAAUCUUGAAUGAGAUUAAUAUAAUCCGUGCACAAACAGAAGUACCGACAGAGUUUUGGUAGUUUUCGAAAAACGGCUAUCUCCUUGAUUCGUUUCAUAAUAAAGAUUUCAGAGGAAUUACUGUGUUAUCUAUGAUGAAUAUGCAACGAUCAAGAAAAAGUACUCUGGGAACUUGUAUUUGUUUGAUAAUAGGGAGCCUUUACACAUUUGCUUCCAAAAAUGUAAAACAAGCCCAAAUUCUAUUUGAGAUGUUCCAGCUGAGCUGAAAUGGGACAUUUGACUUCAGAAAUCUGCUUCGGGAAUAAUGAAAAGCGGGCAUAAAUGAAAGUUUAUAGGUUAUUGUGACCAUUCUAUAGGAACACAGACUACAAAUUUUAUACAUAUUAAAUAGAGAGAAUAGAGGCAUUACUUACACAAAUAGAUGUGGCCUUAUCGCUUGAGAUUUCUUAUAGACUUCAAAUUUAAAUACAUAUUGACGGAGUAAGAUAAUAUCUUUUAGCUCAGUCGCUUCAAUGGGAUAUUGUAUAUUAUCAAUUAUCAUAGUAAACAUUAUCUCACUAAAACUUCACACAUUUUGUUCAGUAUCAAUAAACUGUAUAUGCUCUAAAUUACUACAAGCCCUCGUAUAUUUAAUAAAUGUAAUGUUUUUUCUUAUUAGUGUUUUAACUGUUGUAAUUUGGAUUUUAAGUAAAAUGCUUUUGUAAAUUUCAACGUUAAGUCAACAGCACAGUCAUCAGUUUAUUCAAAAAUGUGAAAUUUUGUUCUUGCGAUUCGUACUAACCUACGCACAUUUGCACCGACAGUGUGAUAUCUCAAAAACCCCACAGAAAACGAUUUGAGAUUUAGACGAAGUAAUGAAUUAAAAUAGUUUUCUGUAAAACCAAGGUUUUUGAAAUAUCAAACUCUUGUCGCAAAUGUACGGUGUGCUGUUGACAAUAUCAACAUCUCUUUAAAUUCUACAUUUUCAAGUCUUAAGCACAAAACUUUUUACUCUGCUAUUGUAAGUGGAUACUUCGAGAAAUUUUUACUUAAAAUAAAUUUAUAAUAAUCUUAAAUUUAUUAAUUUUCAUAUUUCAUGCACAAUAAACAUUAAUGAAAUUUAAAAUGUUUACAUGACGACUUAUUAUAUAAUAUACUUUACGCAUUUUUAAUGUUUAUCUCUUAAUGCAAUAUUACACUUUAACUAAUAUUUAUUAUGUAUAUCGAUGUGCUCUAAAGUAACUAUUGUAUUUAAAUCACAUUUGUUCGUUUGCCAUUUUUAUUUUACUUUGUUUUAUUGUUUCCGUAAUUUUAAAUGCUUUAAGUGACAUUAACAUUUUCUCUUUGUUAAUCUGGUUUAGAUGCUCGCAACGUGUUUUUUUCUGUAAUGAUACCAAAGACGAUUGAAUAUCCAUUAUAGUGAUGUUGUAGUGGAAUACAAAUGUACUACAACAACCACUAAUUUGUAUUAAAAUAAAACGUUAUAGAUUUUUAUAAUAAUUAAUUAAAUAAGACUUGUAUAAAUAAUAAUAUUUUAAGGUCCUAUUUGUAAGUGAAAUGAAAUACAGUCAGUAUUAAAUGUUUGGCGAUGACCAAAGGCCAACAAAAAUUUAUCAAUCUUACCCUCUCAAGUACCAAAAUUUUUUGGAAGAUUUUUUUUAAAGAACCAUAUAUAUUACAAUGAAUGAUAAAAAGUACUAUAAAUCAGAACUAACAAGUUUACUAUUAGAUGGAUUUCAUAGCUUACAAUAAAAUUCUAAAAUGAUUCUUUAGACGUUUCUAAAUAUUUAACGCUGACUGUAUUAAGUAAAACUUUAUUUUUAAUACCUGUGGAGUAUUAUACGGAUUAACCGUAAUAGUAACUUUAUCGUAUUCAAGUUGUUAACAACUAAUCGAUGAUCAUUUGUUGAACAAAACGAAAAAAUAUUCGACAAUCACAAAUCAUAUUUCGAUACAAGCCGUAUUUCAGUGGAGCUAAUUUUAAGCCAUAAAUUUAUGUAAAUAUACCCGAUUAGGUAUAUUUUGUUAUUCUUAUCACAUUAAAUUAUGGAUUACGU